AUGCAGAUUUUUGUGAAAACCCUUACGGGGACGACCAUUAUGCUUGAGGUUGAGCCCUUGGACACUAUAGAAAAUGUAAAGGCCAAGAUCCAGGAUAAGGAAGGAAUUCCUCCUGAUCAGCAGAGAUUGAUCUUUUCUGGAAAGCAACUGGAAGAUGGGCGUACUUUUUCUGACUACAAUAUUCAAAAGGAGUCCACCGUUCAUCUUGUACUGAGACUUCGUGGUGGUGCUAAAAAAAGGAAGAAGAAGUCUUACACCACUCCCAAGAAAAAUAAGCACAAGAGAAAGGUUAAGUUGGCUGUCCUGAAAUAUUAUAAGGUGGACAAAAAUGGUAAAAUUAGUCACCUUUGUCGAGAGUGUCCUUCUGAUGAGUGUGGGGCUGGGGUUUUUAUGGCCAGCCACUUUGACAGACAUUACUGUGGCAAGUGUUGUCUGACUUACUGCUUCAAAAAACCAGAAGACAAAUAAUUGUGUAUGAGUUAAUAAAAGUCUCAGACUUAAAAA